CAUACCGUCACUUCAGCGCAGGAAGAGGAAGACUUCUCUUCCUGCCUUCUUGAGAUAACGGUAUUUUUGGGACAUGUCCACUUAGAUAUAUGUUAUGCAGCUGCAACACCAAAUUGGCAAAAUGGAUUUAUUUUUGCACAUUUUAUUCACAAUUCAAUGUCUGGCUUUCAAACAAUCUUUAGGUUUGGACGAUUCACCUGAUUCAGAUAAUCGGGCAGUGCUACCAAACGGCCAUCCAAACAGAUGUCUAAAGACUUUAAAGGACACAAAUGCUGAUGUGCAACGACUAGAAACACUUCCAGGAAUGGGAUGGGAUAAUUUACGUAACAUGCAGAUGGACAUGGUCUUUCGGCAUGAGUAUACCCAGUGCAAAACUUCAGAAGAUGGCAUGUUUCUCAUACCGGAUGGGGUGACAGCUCUUCCAACCAAGUUUAGCCGGGUUGUGACAAACAUGAAUGAAUAUGAAAAUUGGAAUAAUUUUACAAGCAUAGACUCACACUCAAUCAAUUCAGAAAUAGGACUGUUUGGCCACUUAAGUCAAAUUGGUGGCAAAUUUUCAUCUGAAUAUGAAACUACGAAGAAAGUGCAAUACCAACAGAAGACAGCUUUGUAUCGGAACCAGCUACGCCUUUCACGGUACAAAAGUAAUAUCGACAGAGGGUCAAAGCUGAGUGCUUCGUUUGAUAGCAGAAUUCGGAGGAUCGCUGUACAUAUCAUGUCAAACCGUACACGACUUGCAAACUAUGAAAGUCAACUUCUUGUACGACGUUAUGGCUCUCAUGUGCUCUCCACUGUUGAAAUUGGGGGAGCCUUUGUGCAGACUGACCAACUUAAAACGGAGUUUAACAGUAUAAACUAUAAAAGAAAACAGUCAAUUAUCGCAUCUGCUGGUUUCAAAUUUCUCAACUUCUUUGGUUUUAACAUCAGCGCUGAAUAUUCAAGAAAAUCAAUGACAUCUGAAGAUGAUUUCGACGAGUAUACGAGCUACAGAAUGUCUUCGGAAAUCGUAACACUUGGAGGGAAAAUUACCAAGGCGAAUGAAGAACUUCUUGGAACUUGGCUUGAUUCUUUGGAGAACAAUCUAGUAGCUAUUGACAGAUUUGGGGAACCGUUGUUCUUUUAUGUCCGGGAAGAAUAUUUUCCAGAUAUUCCAGAAUUUGUAAUUUAUCAAGUUCGUCAUCAGGUACAGCAAGCAGUUAACAGCUAUUAUAAGUACAAUGCUUAUAUGGGCUGCAUGAAACCUAGUGCGCCAAAUUUCAGUUUCCAAGCAAACUUGGCGGAUAAAACCUGUCAAUCUCCAAAGGUAAGGUAUGGGUUUGGUGGUGUUUACCAAACAUGUACGUCGUAUUCAAGCGGACUUACUGACUUGUGUCCCGAAUUUAAUCAAUUCAAUCCUCUUACUGGCGGAUACAGUUGUCCGGAUAAUUACAAACCGGUUCUUAUAAAAGAAGGCGGUAAACGUACCCAAAGAUAUGUGGCUGAACAAUAUACAUGUAGUGGAUGGUUUUCUUCGGACACCUGUACAAGAUAUAGAAUUGAAUAUUCUGCCGCCAGUUAUGCAGCUUAUUGGUGUGCUGCAAAGGAGUCCGAAGGGUCUGUGAAAGGUUUUCUGUUUGGAGGGUUGUUUACAUCUAGCCUUGUAAAUCUAUUCACACAAACGAAUAACUGUCCACCGCAUUUUUAUCCGUUGAAAAUACUUGAAGAUCUCUCUAUAUGCGUCUCUUCUGACAUCGAACUCGCCUCAGUAAAUGCUUUGCCCUUUGCAGGACUAUUUUCUUGUGUAUCUGGAAAUCCUUUUAUGAAAGCAAGUCAUCCAACUAAUACUGAUGAAUAUCCGCGCGGAUGUCCAGAGGGCUAUUCUCAACAUCUAGCUUACGUUUACGAAGGCUGUGAAAUAGAUUUCUGUAUUGAGGCUGGAUCACUGUCAACCAAAACCUUGCCAAGAAUUAAAAGACCUCCGUAUAUUCCAAAGCCCCUGGAUUUGCAAAAUGGUACUGGAAACGGGACUAUUAUAUUUAACAGUGAUGGUUCUGUAUGGAAAAUGAUUUUGGAUGGCUAUUCAAACACUACAAGAAAUACAGCUGGUGCAAAUGUAAAAGCUCUUUCUAACAAUACCAGCCUAAUCAACGGCACUAUUGACGCGUUUGAUAAAGAUGAAGCUGACCUUCAAAACAAGGAAGACUCAUCAUUACCCGGAGGCACCGCAGCUAUGAUUGCAAUAACUGUGAUAUUGCUGGCUCUAUUUGUAGCUUUCCUUCUGUAUCGGUAUAGAAAAGGACGUUCAUUGUGGUCACAUGGACCGGGGACAUAUAAGGAAUCAGGGUUUAGACAGUUUGAGAAUUAAAUAAAUUCAGUCAUGUAAAUAAACUGACCUAUUUGAAUAGAAACAGAAGUGAUUUUGUAGCCUUUAAUAAGCCUGAUAGUACUUAACCCUUACCCUGCUAAAUUUCUGUAUUGAAUUUGUCCAUCUUUCAAUGUGAACAGUACCAUUAACUGUUAAAAGGCAUGCUUACAAAAAUACUAGUGAAUGGCGAAUAGUGCAGAUCUUGAUCAGACUACACUGGUCGCAAAGGCAGAAUCAUUCGUGUCCAGCAUGAUAAGUGAAUUCUGUUUGUGUCUGUAGACAUAUAUUACAGCGUUAAUAUUUUGUCCGUACAGUUGCAUAUAAAAUAUACUGUACCAUUCUGUUUUAUACCUGAAUGUUCUGUAUGUAGUUGGAUCAAAACUAUGAUAAUGUAAUAAAACCAACUUUGGACUCGCCAUGAAAAAAAAUCUGCAAAAUUUCUAAUGUAUCUAAAUGAGCUGAUUAAACAAAACACACUGAUGGGAAGCAAGAAAACAUAUAGGAAAACAAAACUUUAGGUAUCUGCUAUGAAUGAAUAGUUAUUUUUGUUGAAUAAUAGUAGCUACCAGGAUUAACCUUGUGUGAUGAUUGGGAGAAAAUGUUCAACAACAUUUGCGAAAUUAGCAUCAUAAGGGGAGUACUGCAAAGCAUAUAUGGCAACUGACAAUAGGUGUCCUUUCAUGUUGUUUUCAGUGUUGUUUAUUACUACAAAAAAUUUUACGUUGCAGUAACUGACAAAAUGACCAAAAUUUAUAAUGUUAAGAUACAUAUACAUUAAGUAGCUCCGGUAUUACCGAAGAAUUAAUGUACUAUUUGUAUUUGAAACAUACAUUUUCAUAACGUUUCAUAACUAGUAAUUAAAACUGAUAUUAACAAAACGGUGUUACGCAGAAAUUGGACUGUCAUCAAGGAACAAAUAAAUAAACAAAUCUUUCAAUAAAGAAUUCGCAGUUAGUAGCGAUUUUAUUUAUUUAUUUAUUUUUGUAAUUCUUUACUUGAAAUAAACAUUAUCAUAUUGAAGACAGUCUCAUUUCAAGAGAGUAACUCUUUGUAAAUACUUAACCUAGUUCUUUAACAUGUAUGUAGUUCACCCAUACACGAGAAGCAUUCUUUCCUGAAAUCAUUUAUGACGGGAGACACAAAAGAAACUUUAAGAAAAGACUACUGAGAGUUGUUGGUUCGGCUUCCGUCACCGACGAUAGUUCACCGCAUCAACAAGUAAAAAUAGUCAGUUUCCGUGGAAGAUUAGAGCCAGUCGCACUUUUUAAGUAUGUGUUGGGGUGGGGGGCUACAACUGAAUUCAUUUUCUGCAGAUCGACAAUUGUCCUAAGGUCAUUUCAUAGUGUUUAAUCUACCAUUUUGCGAAUUGUAUAAGUAUAUACUAAUCAAUAUAUCUGUUUGUAUCAAGAAAACAAAAAUCCUGAUACAAAUUUGGUGGAUUAGAGUGUUUGAAUAAACGAUAGCAUUGCUUAUUUAGGACAUGCGUCUAGAGUUAUAACUUAACAGUACUUAUUUUUCAUAGAAAAUAUGUACACAUUCCAUUAUAUCGAUGUUUUGACUAAGAAAUGAAUCGCCAGUAUUGGGUAUACCAGUAUAAAGAAAUAUGAGAGGACGCCAUUGCUGUCUAACAUUGAUAUUUUUUCAUGUUAUUCAUUCGUUUUAAGAAUAUUUAGGUUCAUUCGUUCAUUAUAUAAAAUGGAUAAUGUAAUAUAUGGAACCGAUUCGUCUUUAUAUGGAACCAACUUUUCAUUAUAUGAUAGCAAACCAUUAUUUUAUAGAUUUGAUUUUAAUUUAUAUGAAUUCAACAUGUAAUAUACUCAACCAUUCUGUCUUUAUAUGGAACCAACUUUUCAUUAUAUGAUAGCAAACCAUUAUUUUAUAGAUUUGAUUUUAAUUUAUAUGAAUUCAACAUGUAAUAUACUCAACCAUUCUGUCUUUAUAUGGAACUAACUUUUCAUUAUAUGAUAGCAAACCAUUAUUUUAUAGAUUUGAUUUUAAUUUUUAGGAAUUCAACAUGUAAUAUAAUUAUAGAACCAUUCUGUCCUUAUAUGGAACCAACUUUUCAUUAUAUGAUAGCAAAUCAUUUUUUCAUAGAUUUGAUUUUAGUUCAUGUGAAUUCAACAUGUUAUAUACUCAACCACUCUGUCUUUAUAUGGAAACAACUUUUCAUUAUAUGGUAGCAAACCAUUAUUUCAUAGAUUUGAUUUUAAUUCAUGUGAAUUCAACAUGUAAUAUACUCAACCAUUCAGUCUUUAUAUGGAACCAACUUUUCAUUGUAUGAUAGCAAACUAUUAUUUCAUAGAUUUGAUUUUAAUUUAUGUGAAUUCAGUCUUUAUAUGGAACCAACAUUUCAUUAUAUGAUAGCAAACCAUUAUUUCAUAGAUUUGAUUUUAAUUCAUGUGAAUUCAACAUGUAAUAUACUCAACCAUUCUGUCUUUAUAUGGAACCAACAUUUCAUUAUAUGAUAGCAAACUAUUAUUUCAUAGAUUGAUUUUAAUUGAUGUGAAUUCAACAUGUAAUAUAUAGAACCAUUUUGUCUUUAUAUGGAACCAACUUUUCAUUAUAUGAUAGCAGACCAUUAUUGUAGAGAUUUGAUGUCCCUGUAUGCAUUCAAAUUGUAAUAUUUCGAACCAUUCUGUCUUCAUAUGGAACCAGCUUUUCAUUAUAUGACGGCACACCAUUAUUUUAUAGAUUGGAUUUCCCUUUAUAUGCAUUCAAAAUGUAAUAUAUAGAAUCAUUUGUCUUGAAUAUAUAAUUGGUUUUUGAUUAAUAGUUGUAGCGCAUUCACAAAGUGGGAAAAAAAACAGCUUCAUUUUAGUAAUUUCCACAACUGUUAUGAUGGAUUUAAAUUUCUGAAAUCUUGAUGUUAAAUCUGUUCAUGAAAGUUAUUAAAAUGAUUCAGGCAGA